AUGGAUUCCUCAUACGCACACCCCCAGUCGAUGGGGCAAUCACCUUUCUUCUACUACAACCCAGACCCAAAACCCGAUAACCGUCAACACGGCCACUUCUCGCAGCAGCCAAGCAACGUCCAGGUGCCAGUAUACCAUCCACACAUGCAGCCAAUGCCGUCGACUCCAAUCUACUCGAGACCGAACUCAGCGUGCUCCCAACCGCCGAUGCAUCCGCAGAUGUACAACAACGGAUACCCGAUGAACAUGACCCCGAUGGCCUCCCCUCGUCCGAUGUACCAGAACCAGAAGCCCACGAUCAUGAUCCAGGAACACGCUCCAAGAAUGGUCCUGGAGUCGGAUAUGCACGAGAACGACCUGUGCUAUUACCCAUCAACUCCACCACUGUCCGCCUCUGGAAGCACGAUCAGCAGUCCAUCCAGCUGUGACGUUCUGCCAACCCCAAUGAACACUGUUUUCUUCGGGAUGGACUCCUUUGAGGGUGUCAAGGACGGCUGUCAGGGCGAAGUUCAAGCUGAGAACCUCGCUGGCGGUGACUGGGCACGCUGCGGAUCUCCUCCCAUGACUCCAGGUAUGUGCAGAUAUUUCAUGGCCUGUGCGGAUGCGUGCAUGAUAUGGCCGUGUCGUUGCGAUGUACUCCUCGGAUUGCCCGGCUCCAUUUAUUUAAUCAUUUACAUUCAUUACCGCGGCGGGAUCCCUGUCGUAACUUAA